AUGUACAAGAGCAUUAACAAGAAGAAAGAGGUUGUUGAUCAAUCACUCAAAGCAUAUCAGACAGCUUCUUGUGCUAUGCACCCAACACAGAGAACAAGGGCUAAUGAUCCAUGUCCUUUAAUUCCUAAUUCUUUUGGUAACUUCAUCUCAUUAUUGGUCUACAUUGCUCCAAUACCGACAUUUAGAAGGAUUUACAAGAAUAAAUCAACUGAAGGAUUUCAAUCUGUGCCAUAUCUGGCUGCACUGUUCAGUGCCAUGCUUUGGAUAUAUUAUGCAUUCCUCAAGACUGGUGCAUAUUACAUUAUCACCAUUAACUCCUUUGGAUGUGUUAUAGAGACAAUCUAUAUUGUCAUCUACUUGAUUUAUGCACCAAAGAAAGCUAGGAAUUCGACUGCGAUGAUGCUUGCGUUGCUGAAUCUUGGAGGGUUCUGCCUGAUCCUUGUUCUCACUCAAUUCUUAGCCACACAACAGAACAGGAUCAAGAUUGUUGGAAUGAUUUGUAUUGCCUUCUCUGUUUGUGUCUUUGUGGCACCCUUAAGCAUUAUGGUACGGGUCAUACGCACAAAGAGCGUGGAGUACAUGCCAUUUACUUUAUCCUUCUUCCUCACCUUGAGUGCAGUGAUGUGGUUCUUCUAUGGUUUACUUCUCAAAGACCGUUACAUAGCUAUCCCAAACAUACUGGGUUUCAGCUUUGGGGUAGCACAGAUGUUGCUAUAUUUGAUCUACAGGAAGUCCAAUAAGGAGAAGAAUGUUAAAGAGGAGGAGGAGCAAAUCAAUGAAACGGUUAUGUUAAGCAUGAUAAGUUGUUCCGAGCCGGUUUAA